AUGUCCGCGCCGACCUUCCAUCGAUCAUUCCGCAAUUUGCAGCUUCCAAGUCAACAGUCCAAGCUCCAAACCGAAACAAGAGUGAUGAUCGCAAUUUCGACAGCUGAGGAUUUCCACUCUGCCGUGGCCGCUGCGACUCAGAAGCCGUUGGUUGCCUGUUUCUCCGCGCCGUGGUGCGGCGGUUGCAAGUUGGUGGCGCCCAAGGUGGACAAGCUAGCCGAGGAGCUUGCCGAGACCGUCUCGUUUGCCAGGGUGAGUGCUGAGGAGCACGAGACGUUAUGCGAAGAAGUGGAAGUGGACAGCUUCCCGCACUUCCGCGUGUACAGGGACGGCAAGAUUGUGGGUGACUACACGAGCUCCAAGUUCGACAAGGUGGAGUCCUUUAUCCGCGGCCAUGUGGCUCCUAAUACUGUGCAGGAGACCGAGGAAACACCUGAAGGCGAGGUUACGGAGGAAACGGCGGAGAAGGAUGCUGCGAAAGAGGAGGAAGUGUCAGCUGAGGCUGCGACGGAAGGCUCAAAGAAGCGCCAGGAGCGUGAAGAGGAGGAGACGAAUGACGAGCAGGUGGCUAAGAAGGCCAAGACGGAGGAGGAGGCGUCGACGGAGGCUGAGAAGGCUGCAACUACGGAGCCAGCUGAGAAGGUUGAGGAAGCGGCAACGGAGGAGACCGAGACGGCUGAAAAGGAUUCAUCAGAAGAGAAGAUCGAAGCUGCUCCCGUUGAGAAGUCUGAAACGGCCGGGAAAGACACUGCUCCAGUCGAUGCUGCUGCUGCUUAAACGACACUGCUCUGCUUUGCAUGAUGUCUAAAUCGACGGACAUCUUCUGUGGGCUAGCUGGGGGCUGAUUGAUCCAGCUGAAAUCAAGAUGAAACAAUAAAAAAAGAAGUAUUUUAUGGCGAUUCUUUUGUUUGUGCCCGAUAUCCUCGACAUGUUCUGAAUACAUGUACAUGUGCUCUGCCUUCUUGUCAGAACAAUGUGGAAUGC